CUGCACCCAUGACUUUGUGCGUCAAUGACUGCAGCUGCAGGAGCCCGGAGACAAACAAACCCGAGUAUGUCGAGAUAAAAAGCACCUUGGGCUGUGGCUCUGUCCGAUAAUGGCGUGUUAUGGAGAGGAUUUCCCGGGAAAAGUGAUGCCCACCAGCGCGGACCCAUGCACGUGUAACAAGAAGUGCAGUAGCAGUACCAGUAGUAGUACCAGUAGUAGUAGUAGUAGUAGUAGUAGUAGUAGUAGUAGUAGGAGCAGCAGCAGUGUCGUCUUCCUGGGAUUAUUUCUGCUGUCGCUGUCUCUGCACGCUGUCACUCUCGUCUGCUACUUGGACUUGCGGUCUGAAGUCAAAAGGGAAAUAGUUCAUCAGAAGAGGGACUCCAUGUUGACAGCUGAGGAGGAGACUGACCUGCGUGACCCCGCGGAGGAGUUUGCGCUCGUGCACCCGCCACUGGACACCGGGCUCGUGCGUCAGGAGCAGAGAAAGUUGCGGCAUCGAAAUGGUGACUUCCUUGAAAAAGGUGACCACAGAGAAAUAACACAGCGGACAAAAAGAAGUCCGGGAAAGCAGUUAGACUCAGAGUCAACGGGGAAAGAAAAGCGAAGAGAAAAGAAAAAAGGGAGAAAGAGGCCUGUGCCGGGGCCCCCUGGUCCUCCCGGCCCCCCUGGCCCUCAGGGGCCCCCGGGCAUCCCUGGGAUCCCUGGGUUUCCAGGAAGUAACGUGAUGGGGCCAGCGGGACCUCCUGGGCCUCCAGGACCACAGGGACCUCCGGGCGCACAAGGCCCAGCAGGGAUUCCAGAUUCCAGGUCCAAAACAAAAGAGUUCCAGCCUGCAGUGGUUCAUUUGCAAGGGCAGGAAACAACAAUUCAAGUGAGAGAAGAUCUCUCUGAAGGCAUCCUCAGAAACUGGAAGAUGGUGUCCAUUCAUCACCGCGUGUUCAAAAUGCACUCUCGCUCUGGAGAGCUGGAGGUGCUGCUGGACGGGGUCUACUUCAUUUAUAGUCAGGUAGAAGUGUACUACCUCAAUUUCACUGAUAUCGCCAGCUACGAGGUGAUGGUGGACUCCAACCCUUUUCUACGCUGCACCUGCAGCAUCGAAACAGGCCAGCGCAAGUUCAACACCUGCUACACGGCCGGAGUUAGCCUGCUGCGCGCUGGUCAGAGAAUAUCCAUACGUAUUGUCUAUGAGGACACACUUAUCAGUAUGACCAACCACACAACAUUCUUGGGAAGUGUCAGACUGGGCGAAGCGCCAUCUUCUGGACAGAACUGAAAACUACACACCAAAGACUGCAAACUAAUCUUUCCCUCAGACUUCAUCAUGGUGUUGAUGAAUUGAUCCCAACUGUUGAUAAGCGACAUCAGCUCAAGUCUUGUCCCAUGUGACUCUAUAAUUAGGAUUAUUUAAAUCUGUGGAGUUAAUAAAGUGGAAAAGGCUUUUGGGUGACUUGAGCUUUGUUUCAAAACCAUCUAUUUAAAAGGACAUGACAGAUUGUUAUGUCUCCCUUGACAUCUAUCAAGUGUGAGGAGAGGCUUUGAUGAGCCACAUGUCUCCUUAGUCAUCAAGCAACUGUUUCUAUUUAUAGUCACUAUUUCUGUCAAAACAGCAUUUCUUCAUAACAAGGAAAGACACUGUGCUGACUAUGAUUAUUUACUUCUGUGCUGUUGGACGAUUUCUCCAAAAACAUCCAAAUUAUUUUUACCUGUUGUGUGCACGUGGACAUUCACUGGGUAUGACUGGAUCACGUUUGGUGA